AUCGAUAGUUUGAUUGAUGAAUGCAUGGAUCUUUUUUUUUAUGAUCUUCGAAAAUCUUGUCUCAAAUUUUUUUUGUUGUUGUUGUUGAUAUUUCGGUGACAGUUUAAUCAUGUCCGAAAUUGAUCUAAUCAAUAAAUUGGAUACCAAUUUAAAUAUCAAUUCAACAUUAACAUUGGAAACAAGUACAGCUCGAAUUCAUCCAAAAUUUCUGCAUACAAAUUCCAAUGAAUUUAAUGUUGUCAAAAAUGUUCAACAAAAACGCCGAAUGGAAUUUCUGGCUCGUAUUCAAAGAAAACGAGAAUCUAUCAUCGAGCGAAUGAGACGUCUCAUCGAAGACACUAUCGAUGAUGAAGAUGAUGGUGAUGAUGGUAACACUGUACCGUCGACGAUGGUCGAAUCUUCGUCAACAGAUCAGGAAAUGUCGAUCGAAACGAACGACAAAAUAAAUCAUAUGGAAAUGGAUUGUUCAUCCACAACAACCAAUAAUAAUAAACGAAAGAAUAAUAAGCGAAAAGUAUUGCGUCAGAAUUUUCGCAAAUCAAUAUCCGAUCGUUUUAUGUUAUCCGAAUGGUUGGUUGAUGUACCGAAAGAUUUUUUCGAUAGUUGGUUUUUCGUAUGUUGUCCAAAAGGACGACGAACAUUGUUGAUUGCAAAUGGUGGUCAAACUCGGGCAUAUACCCGUCAUGGUCAUUUUUUAUUUAAAUUUCAAUCAAGAAUACCAGGUGGCAGUAAUGGUCAUGCUAGUCAUUUAAACAUCGAAUCUCAUCAACGAAGUUUAAUUCGAUCGACAGCAAAAAAUUCAAUGCUCGAUUGUAUAUGGGUAGAAUCGGAACGUCGAUUUUAUAUUUUGGAUGUAUUCAUUUGGAAUGGUUGUUCAUUUUAUGGCUGUGAUACAGAAUUUCGUUUCUUUUGGAUCCAUAAUCAUAUUGGUAAUGAUUGUCGAGAUGAUGAACAAAUGAUAACCGAUCAACAAUCAUCAUCGCAAAUUCUUAUCGAAACAUUACCAUAUUGGCCAUGUACGAUGACGAAUAUUCGUCAAUAUGGUCAAAAUGGUCCAUAUCCAUUCAAAACGGAGAUCGAUGGUAUAUUAUUCUAUCAUAAACAAGCACCAUAUAUGGCCGGUAUAACACCAUUAGUAUGUUGGCUUAAAGUUUCUAUGUUGGCCGAUAUUUUUCCAAAUCUCAAAUCAUAAUUUUAACUGUAUAUAAUUGUGCAUGUUGUGUAUGUGAUUCAAAUAAUAAAAAUUUUUUCUUUUUUUUUGUU